UCUCCGGCUCCGACAGAUUCCCAGAGUGUCCGGAUACCUGGAGGAUGACGGACUGACUGAACGAUGGCUGAUCAGCCAAACUACGAGCGGAACCUGCAGGCUGGAGACGCUGAUCGCUUCAAGAGCGUUAGGAACUGAGUGUGUGUUGGCAGAGUUGAGCGCUUCAAACCAACAGGAGUCUUCUUCAUCCAUCCAUCACCUCUUCCUCCGAAAUGAAGACUCCACUCAGCCCUUCUCUGCUCCUGGAGAGUGGGAUCUUUGCCUUUAGAGGGAUGGGUCAGGAGCUGAUGGACACACCCACACCUUCAACCCUAAGUCUCCCCGUCCAGCAGACUCUAUCCCCAGGUCAGGGUGGGGCAUACUCAUUUUGUGAAGUGUGUAACCUGCAGCUGACCUCGACUGCUCAGGCCCAGCUGCAUUACAACGGCAGGUCACACCUCCGGAGAGUGAGACAGCGCCAAGCGGGAGAGGCACGACAACAGGCAGCAGUUGCAAAGCGGGACAAAAACAGUGAAGGUUGUGCGUUCUUCAGUCAUGAAGUUGGAGGUGGGAGCGGUGCCGUGGGUGGGGCGUUGCCAGGUAUAAUUGGUGCCACCAGUCCCUCAGUGGUGAUGAAACCAUUCCUACCGUUCCCCAUGGAGACAACGUCACCGGUCGGACUCUUCCCAAACUUCAGCACGAUGGAUCCAGUGCAAAAGGCUGUCAUCAAUCACACCUUUGGUGUUACCAUGGUACCCAAAAAGAAACAGGUUAUUUCCUGUAGUGUUUGCCAACUGAGGUUCAACUCUGACUCUCAGGCAGAGGCUCAUUAUAGAGGCAGUCGUCAUGCUAAGAAGCUUAAGUCUCAGGAGAACAAGGCCAAAGCCAAACUGUCAGUCACACCAGAGACCAAUGGGAACAGCUGUGGUCCUGCUGGUCCGACCCAUCCGAUCUCUACUAACAGCAGCAACAGUCAGCGCACAGAACUAUUGUCCAGCCUGACAGACUCCUUGUCUUCUCUUAAACCCUGCCUCCCCUCCUCCACCUCCCCUCUUUCCUCCUCACCGGCCAUCAGCAGAGCCGGCAGUGAGCCUCCCCCAUCCAGCCCGCCCUCUGGUCUGCCAGCUCCUGGUCCCUUGUCUUCUUCCUCAUCCUCCUCCUCUUCAAAAUCUUGUCCCCAAUCUUCAGUCACUCUCUCCCUGUCCGGUGCUGCACCUCUUGCUCUGCAGACCACCUCCUCCUCCUCCCAGGAUGCUCCUCUCUCAGCAGAGUCCGAGGAGGAAAAGGCGAAGAAGCUGCUGUACUGCUCUCUUUGUAAAGUCGCCGUCAACUCUUUGUCUCAGCUGGAGGCUCAUAAUGCAGGUACGAAGCACAAAACCAUGCUGGAGGCUCGUAGUGGUGCCGGCCCAAUCAAAGCCUACCCUCGACCGGGAACCAAGCUGAAGAAUGGCAGCAGCUUGGCAGUGAAGGGCUCUGGCUUGCAGAACAAGACUUUCCACUGCCAGAUCUGUGACGUCCACGUUAACUCUGAGAUCCAGCUCAAACAGCACAUUUCCAGCAGAAGACACAAGGACAGAGUGGCAGGAAAACCCAGCAAACCCAAAUACAGCCCGUACAACAAGCAGCAGCGCAGCUCGCUCAGUGAGCUGGUGAAGCCUUCCCUAUCUCCUUCCUUUUUUCCCUCUCCUUUCACUUCUCCUUCCUCCCCACUACCUCCUCCCAUCUCAUUCCCUCCCUCAUCCCUUUCCUCCUCCUCUCUCCUCUCACCCACCUCCACCCCCCACACCCCCACCAUCUCGCUCCACCCUCGCCCUCCGUCGUCCUCAUCCCUCUUCACCGCCUCCUUCCUGCGUCCUGCUCCGGGACCGAUAAGAACCAACCAAGGAUCGAUUCUCUUCACUCCCUACUGAUGUCUGCAGGAGCAGCUGGGAGUUGAACUGGCAACCUUUAGCUACCCACAGUUUGUUGGAGCUUCCGCUGUUGUUGCAGCUUGUUCACCUGACUGAAUCUUCCCACAAACAUGAGAGGAUGAAACCUUCCUGCUUUUGCCAGGAUUAAAGAUGUUCUGAUUCCAUCCAACACUUCCAAACAGGGAGGAGAGGGCGAGCUGUUGCUUUGACUAACCCACUGACGUGAAUAUGAACAGAACCAGUGGGUAAAAAGCUCCCAGACAUACCAGAAAACAAGAAAAAUGUAUGCAGUCAAGGAAGAUUCCUUAAGAUCUACUUAGCAUUGUAUAGAAAGCAGCAAGUGUUGCAGAAAUGGGUUUAGGACUGGAAAAAAGGCUGCAGCUCAUUUCUUGUUAAGUCUUUGUGGUGUUCCAUGUUUGCUGCCCAUUUAUCAGAAACGUAAAGCAAAGAAAAUCUGAAUUUUUCUAAUACAUCAUGAUUUGAUUAGAGAUGAUCAGCAUUAUUAAAGAUGUAGAAAAGUUUA